GCGUGAAUGUUAUGCAUGAUUUUUCUUUUAUGAAUAUUCUUUUCACACGAAGUGAUGCACUCGUCUGGCGAUGGGUGCCCUAACCAGCCCUGCGGACAAACCUAUGAAGACGAUAACAAUUCGAUUCGAGCGCUGACAACGUAUCCAUAGACGACGUGUCCGUAGAUGAGGUCCGUCUGCAGGGCGAAGGGCGGUAGGGGUACGACGGAGCCUCCAAUAGAUGAAUAACAAUACAGUACACGAAAAGACAAAAUUGCCUAUCCAACUCUUGACACGCUUCCUUGGGUGUGGCCCGUUGUACAUCGUCUUUCUCAUGAUCAGAGGCGUAGCGAAUGUUGCGCUGUUUCGCAGUUGGCAAGGUUUCUGCGAUCGGCGCAAUCAGCUCCACUUGCGGUAGGAAAGCGCGCCCGCUUACAUCCGUGACAACUAGUGCGGACACUGACGGCACUGGGUUCUUCCUUGCGCCACGGGUGAGAGGAUUGAUGGAGGAGGUAAGGAGGCAGCGGGUUGAGUUACAGUUUGUUCCGGUGUUGCACUCUUCUUAGGGCUUUCUGUCGUCAGUUUCCCGACUGUUUUAUUCUAUUCGAGUUGCUGGGUGUCUCGCAACUCUCAAUUCCGGCGAAAUAAGCGCAGCCAGGCGAACGGACGGCCGGCGGCGGUCUGUGUAGGAUAUCGACGGCAGUGGACAUCGCACGGAAUCACUUCAUCACUUUGCAAAAUGACUGCUCGCUAUCUGCCGGGGCUUGGAUCGGGGUCUCUGACGAUGAGACCUGACAGCGCGCCGAGGACAAAUGACAGAUACUUGGCGACUCUGCUCGCGGAGCGGCAAAAUCUGAGUCCUUUUGUGGAAGUUCUACCGAACUGUAGUCGGCUGCUCAACCAAGAAAUUGCCCGUGUGACCUCACUGAUGGGAAAUGCUGCUUACCAUGAGGCUGAUGGACUUGACCAAGGCGGUUUGGGGGCUGGUAGCCUAAUGCAAUCGGGAGGUUCCCUCUCAUCAGCAGGGAUAAUCUCUAGUGGACCCGGUGCAGCUAAUGACUAUGGUGGAAGUCAUUGGGGGCCUGUUCAAGGAGACCCUCUGCCAAUUUUGAUGGGCCCAGGAGGCUCAGUCCCACAAGUAUCACCCUUCUGGGGAGCACAGGGAGCUGCUGCGGGACCACUUGUGAGGAAGACGCGCAGGAUUGAUGUUCCUGUUGACAAGCACCCAAAUUACAAUUUUGUUGGACGCUUACUCGGUCCUCGAGGCAACUCUCUAAAGAGGGUUGAGAGUACCACCGGUUGUCGGGUUCUGAUACGAGGAAGAGGAUCCAUCAAGGACUCGGGAAAGGUGCGACAAAGUCCAGCUGCUGAUGAGCAUGCAAAGGAAGAUAAAAUGAGGGAUAAGCCAGGUUUUGAGCAUUUGAACGAGCCGCUGCAUGUGCUCAUUGAAGCCGAGCUUCCCGCAUCAACAGUUGAUGCAUCACUGAAUCAGGCUGCUGAAAUCAUAGAAGAGCUUCUGAAGCCAGUGGAUGAAAACUACGACGUUGUCAAGAAAGCACAGCUGAGGGAAUUGGCAAUCCUCAAUGGAACCCUUCGUGAAGAUUCGGGGCCAUAUUAUGGAGGAUCUGCAGCAAACAGUGCUGGUCUGAAACGCGCAAAGACUAGGAGAUGAUGGAGUUUGCCUCCAUUAUCAGCGCUUUGCGACUUUUUUGAAUUAAUCGGUCAGAGAAGGGAAGAUGUUACGAAGGGUCUGAAGAGAAAAAGGGGCGAUGGGAGAGUGGUAUGUGCGUGGGCGGCAUUGGCUUACACUGGUCACAUGUGCAUAGUGAGUGCGAUGUGUGUACUGAUGUGCUGCAGCUAAUGUGUUAUCCGAGCACCGCGUCCCAUACAUUACGAUGCUUCUGUAAACAUCCAAUUUUGUGAACUGAGUUUUAUUUCUUUUCUACCUCAUAGAAACGCCAUUUAGGAGGUAAAUGGAGGCGGCAUGCAAUGUCCCUCAUUCCUAGACUGCAGCGGACUACCCUUAGUAGCGGUUCUAACACUGACGCCCAGCCCAGACUGCCGCGACGCCUAACAUUAUGUUGCUUUCCUUUGGAUGUUGGUGGGCAGCAAGCAGACGGUCUGUUUUCGACAGAAAGCACAUGCUUUGAGGUGUAGGCAAAGCUUCAUGACUCUUUUUCAGUCAAGAUCUAACAGACAAAUGGAAAGCUGCUAAUAAUUCUGUCUCUGGUUCCAAUCACCAUUCGGGCCCUUGCUUUCUGUAAGGAAACUUUGAAACUUGAAACUAUAAACUAUGUGCCUGUCUUGAUGUGACAGUUUGCUGCGUCCUGUGUGGAACAGCGACCUUCCCAAUUGUUGUGUGGGUGUGUGCUGACAGAGAGGCCAUCGUGGCAAGGAGAAAUCUCAUUUAUCAUGGUUUCCGCCUCUGGUCUGUUCGGACCUUUUUUUAAAUGUUCUUUCUUGCAUUCGCUAUGUACUUUGUUCGGCCCACACCCUUUCGUCGGCGCUCUUGCUUUUUUUUGCUAAUUUAUUUGUGCUGGAGGUACCAAAGUCUAAAAUGAGAGUUUCUAGUUCACAUGCGAGUCGGGUACCCGUAAUUUCAACUGAGCUCUGUCGCAUGGGAUGGUAAAUGUGUAGCCCCACUGUGUAGCCUUUCUUCCACUUAUGCUGUAGAUGACGAAUGUGGUAAACCACGUAGUCCCUGUUCGAGAACUCGGGACAGGCCCGUCCGGGGGGCAGGCAUAACUUUGUUUUUUGUUCAGGGUUAGGCCUACAGUCUUCCCCUGAACAAAACGCAUGUAUGUAC